CAGGGAUCAGGGGCGCCCGCCGCUGUCGCUGUUGUGAAUGGUCAGCCGUGUUGUCAAUCAGCGAGGCCGCCGAGCGUGGGCAGUGAUGGUUCGCUUCAAGUCCAGAUACCUUCUAUGUGAGAUAGUGUUUGAGAAGCCACACUAUCGACAACAUAUAGAUGUCCGAAGCAUCAUUCGAAAUGUCAGAAACGCAAUCACUCAAACACAUGGUGACUUUGGGAUUGGCUGUUGUAGUUUACGUCUGGAAGUCACAUAUCUAAAUGCCUACACUGGGAUCGUCUUAAUAAGGUGUCAAAAAGACUUCUACAGAAUGCUAUCGACAGCGCUGAUGUUUAUCACCUUUCUGGAGAACAAGAACCAAAAGUUUCCAUGUUUUUUUAACACUUUACAUGUGGCAGGUACAAUUCGAAGCUGCCAAAAGUUCCUGAUCCAGUAUAACCGCAGGCAGUUGCUGUUGCUUCUCAGAGACUGUAAGACCAAAAAGGAGAGAGAAUCUGUUCAAAGAUCUCUUCUGCAUUGUUCACUAAAGGCAUUGGAUGAAGCUCAAUCAUAUGACAGAAGUGAAGAGAUGGAAGGAACAGAUACUGAUUAAAUGGUUUUUGAAAUCAUUUCACUGGGUAAUAGUGAAGACCUGCAUUGUGGGAAUGCUUCCUUGCAGACCUCCUGUAUGAUCAGGGUGUUUACUAUGUUGCAAACCAAAGCUACAAAGGUUACAAAUGUACAGCUCGCACACUGAUGCUUUGUGAACAGGGUGAAAGGCAACUUCCCAACUUUACCAUUGUACAUUGUCAAUGUAACGCUAACCACAUAUGAUUGUACCAGCUGAUGUUAAAAAGGGCAAACUCAGAAUUCUUCAGCCACUUCAGCAGUCAAUAGUAUUUAAUGAUGUAAAAUGACGUCAAUAAACAAUAUUCCAUUUUUAUCCUAGCCUUUGGUUGCCAUGGACAAUGCAUUGCCCUAACGUUGUCACAAAUUACUUGGCACAGCUUCAUCCAGGCACAUGAAAAGCUAGUUCUGGUCUACUGUUGCUGAUCAAAUGAUUGCAGGGGAGCAUUGGCCUCUUAAGCUUCCUGAAGAUGACGACACAAAAAUGGAAAGUAACUGUAGUAUGUCAGAGUUAAUUAGCUGUUGAGGCUACAGCAAGAAACUUGUGGGAUUUUGUGGAGCAGAGAAUGAGUUUGUCAUUGUUGGUUCAUAAAGUUGAUAUAAAUACUGCUAAUGGAAUGUACCUGCAGUGUACUGCCUUUUCAUGAACUUGCUGAUCCUUGAGUUUUAAGUACAAGGAUUUAGAUUAUUGUGAAAUUAAAAAGCCUUGGUAAUACUCCA